AUGGUUGUACUGGCUUUAGCUGCCGCCCAAACUGGAUACGAGUACAAUAAGCCUGGAAAACCUUUCGGUCAAGGAACUACACCAAACCGCCCGGGGUAUUCCCCUGGAGUGUCUAACAACUAUCCUGGCGGUCCAACUACCCCUUCGUAUUCACCUGGAUCUCAACAUGAUUACCCUGGUUCAGGGUCAACACCUGGCAUUCCAUCUGGACCAACCGGUUAUCCGUCUGGUCCUAGUCAGGGCUAUCCCGGGUCCACAAACCAGCCACAAACUGGAUACCCAGGACAAGGGCCAAGCGGUCCUUCUACAGGAUAUCCUUCAUCAGGCAGCCAACCAACACAUGAUCAAGGUCAUCAUUACCAAAAUCAAGCUGGGCAAAAUUAUCCUGGACAAAAUUAUCAAGGACAACAAGGCCAAAAUUAUCCAGAACAACCUGGUCAAUCUUCAGGACGUCCUGGAACGAUAGAAUUUGGUCAAGGCGGCUAUGAUGGUACCUUAGGCCCAAGUGGUUCUGGAUUUCAUGCGUCUGGUCCCGGAUUUAGUGCAGGAGGAACAGGACCUAACGUUGGACCAUCUGGAGUAGGAAGUCAUGGAUUUCCAGGAUCAGGUAGCAGUGUUCAAAAUACUGGAGCUUAUGAAAAUGGCGAUUACUCUGCUAUUCCCGGUCAACCUGAUGUGGACUACCCUAUCAUUUCGGAAAUCCCACAAACGUCAUUCAAAUGUGAUGAUCAACAAUAUCCUGGUUAUUACGCUGACGUCGAAACCCGUUGUCAAGUGUUCCACGUUUGCGCAAAUAAUAGAACAUACGACUUCCUUUGUCCUAAUGGCACUAUCUUUUCCCAACAAGUUUUCGUUUGUGUCUGGUGGAACCAAUUUGAUUGCAAUUCAGCUCCAAGUUUGUAUGAAUUAAACGCUAAUCUCUACGAUUUAUCUACGUCCAAACCCUCACAAGGUGGUUUGCUAGCUUCUAACGAUUUUACCCAGGGCACACAAGGAUCUUCUUCAUACCCUGGACAGCAAGGAUCUUCUGGAAAUUAUCCAGGAACUACAGGACCCCAGGAAUCAACAGGAUCUUAUCCCGGACUAAGUGGCUCGCCAGGUCCAUCUUCUGGGAACUUCGGUAGUUCUAGACCUCAAGAACCCUCUGGAUUGUAUCAAGGAAGCGUAGGACCAUUACCUUCAUAUCCAGGAAGUUCCGGAUCUCAAAACCCAUCUGCGGCAUAUCCGGGAACAUCCAGGCCACAAGGUCCAUCUUCCUACCCUAGUAGUGCAGGAUCUCAAAGCCCUUCAUCUUACCCUAGUAGUGCCGGAACUCAAGGCCCAUCAUCAUAUCCAAACAAUUCUAGGCCACAAAGUCCUACUUCAUCUUACCCAAGUAGCACUGGAUCACAAACAUAUCCAGGAUCACAGGGUACAACAAAUUAUCCUGGUUCAGGAACAGGAGGAAAUCAAGGCUAUCCUUCAGGUAAACCAAAUGGUCCAAGCUUUCCCUCUGGUUUGAGCAGACCCCAAGGUGCUUCUAAACCAAACAGAGAAUACCUCCCUCCAAGAAAUCAAUAA